AUGGCACCGAUAGAGGGCCUCUGGCCCAGGCUGGAUAGUUGCAGCGAACAGUUCAACCGGAUGACCGUGCACCGGGCCAGUUUUCGCGAGUGGCCGUGCGUGGACCGGACGCUGACCGCGGUGCAAUGCGAUCACGAGCUCGUGGGUGGCUCUCAGGAACCCGUGCAGAACGUGACGUCGCAGAGACAUGACUUCGUGGCCAAGUGUCUGCCUGAGGCCGAACGGCAGCGGUCCACCGGGUCGGAGGAGACCAUAGGCACCAACUGCGGCAGCGGAGCUUGCGCAAUGACGGGCAACACCACCACGGCCGACGCGUUCGGGAUUCCGUGUACUAAUGGACGACGGCCACUGGCGCGGCCAUCCACCGCCACUUGGUCGCAGGGCCCAAACUUGCUGAUGGCCAAAGAGGCGGAGACCAGUUAG